AUGAGAGACAAAAUUCGAAAGUCCUUUGGCAAUCCCGAAUUAUACCGAGAAAAAUACAAAGUUAAAUUUGUUUUUCUACUCGGAAAAAAGGAUGAAACCGAUGAAAAUUUUAUCCUCGACGAGCAAUAUCUCUUCGACGACAUUCUUUAUGGAAAUUUCCAAGAUUCCUACUGGAACUUGACGUACAAGGAGAUUAUGUUCUACACUUGGACGGAGCAAAAGGCGCCAAAUGUCAAAUUUGUCUAUCGAGGCGACGAUGAUAAUUUUUUGAACCCGCUUGGAUUGAUGAAAUUUUUCGACGAGCAUUGGAGCCAAGCCGACGCAGAACCAGCUUUGUGGGGUGGAAUAAUGAGAGAAAAUGAUUCGUUGCUUGGUCAAGGAAUGACAGUGGAAGAAAUAAGAAAAGACAGAAAAGCUGAUAUGUAA